AUGGCGCGCAAAUCCGGCCGCGUGAGAGCUUCCAAGGCGGUCUACACUGAGGAUCCAUUUGCUGUCGCCGGCAUCAGCGAUGAUGAACCCGAUGAGAAUCCCCCGAAAAGGGCCAGAAGAUUGAAGCAGGAAUCCCCAUCAGACGAUGAAUUCGUUGGCGGCGAGGAUGAAGAAGAAGAAGAAGUGGAUGAUGAUGACGUGGAUGAUGAGGAAAUGGAAGAUGCGGCUGCCUCUGAAGAAGCUGAAGAUGAGGAAGAAGGGGAAGCAGGGGAAGCAGAGGAAGAUGGAAGAAGAUCCCCCGAUGAGACGGUCGUCAAUGUCAACGCGGCCGCAUUCAUUCCAAAAAAGAAGGCUGCGAUCUCAACCGCACGACCUAGAACAAAAGCACCUGAUGGCUCAAUGGAGAUGGAUCCCAAUGAAACACAUUAUCGGGGUGGCCUGAACCACAACCACAAUACCUCGAAAGAAAUGCUCUAUAGAUUUGCAUUUGGUUCAGAUGAAAGGGAUCUAUUUGCCGCAUUAUACCAGCGAGACCAAUGGCUUGAAGGUGGAGAUGCAUGCCUCCCCCGUCGCAAUACUCUUGAAAAUCCAAAGAGACAGCCCGACUAUCCAUAUGGUCCUACUUUAGGCCUUAGCCCCGAGGAUUUUGAGGCUGAGAGCAAAUCCGCGUGGGAUUGGUAUUACGAUAAGGACAUUGGAGACCGAUUCCGGGCCACACAGCACUUUGAAAAACUGAAGAAAACCGAUAUCAAUAAAUAUCUCGCGAAGCCGCCAACCAAAAAACAUACAGUUCUUAUGGGGCCGGCAGACCAGCAGACCCAGAUUGAUCUGGGUUAUGAUGAGCCUUAUGAUUACAGCAAACCCUGGGAUUUCACCAGCGGCUCAAAUAACCAAAAACCCAGAAAAUCUACUCGGGAAGGCUGGCUCAUGAGUUUUGGUCGCAAAAUUCAAUGUUUGGCCUGGGCGCCCAAUCAAGAAGGGCUUUCUCAAUACCUGGUUGUGGUGGUCCCAAUCACCGAAGCACAGAAAAAGAAAUGCAGCUUUCUUGGAGCGGAUUCUGGUAAUUCAUUUCAACCGACACCUUCUUAUCCCUGUGCUCUACAGCUGUGGGAAUUUAGGGGAAAAGAAAUUGGAUGUCCAACCAAAUCGCUCGAUAUGAGCACAAAACCGCAAAGACGACUGGUCGCUUGUACAAAUUGGGGCGACAUACGCAGCAUUGCUUGGUGCCCAAUGCCCCGAGAAGAGCGACACGAGGACAGCGAGGGAGACACACAAAGUAUAGGACUUCUGGCUGGAAUCUGGGGAGACGGAAAAGUGCGAGUUUUGGAUAUCAAGGUGCACCGAGUCUCUCAGCAAGAAGAAUAUGUUCGAAUAACCUCUCCUGUUUUUGAGGCUCGACCGCCUUCAACGGUCUGUUCAUGUGUGACAUGGCUGUCUCCCAGUGAUAUAGCGGUGGGCUGCUCUGAUGGCCAUGUUGCCGCCUGGAGCAUCCUACCUCCAUCAUCCCCAGAGCCGCAUCCAUUUUUUUACCGGCUCAUUCAUUCGACAUGGGUGUUGAGUAUAACGUCUGCUUACCCGAGCAACCCUCAUCUCAUAAGCACGAUUUCCAUGGAUGGCGAAACCCAACUCUGGUCAAUGAUUGAGCCCCAGGGCGAAAUCACCUCAACGGUCCGCAUGCGUAUGGCUGCCCGUCACGUUAGCUAUUCGCCUGUUUUGCAAUCCGUCAUCUCGAUUGACGAAAAUGACUUUGGGCGUAUGAUGCCCAUUCGUCGUUUCUUCUCAUCGACGGCGGUAGCAAACCUUCCGAGUUCCGUGAUCAGUCUCGCACCUUGUAGCUUCUGGCACCCCUGUAUCCUCCAGGGUGGCACGGGAGGUGAAGUCACGGCAACCAAUCCAUUCCGCAAGCUUCUCCACACUAAACCGGAGCACUGGCAACAAUAUUGGUUCACUCAUGAAUGGGUGGCUGAGCCAGAUGCAGAUGGCUCUGGGACUAGCCGGUUCUUUGACGGUUACAAAGCGGAGGAAAACCAACUGGCCAAGAAUCUCGCCAGUAGAACUCGACACAUUGCAGAUUGCAGCAUCACCAGCAUCUAUGAGGAAGGUACUCACGUCACGGCGCUUGGCUGGAAUCCCAACCGCCGAUGUGCGGCCUGGGCUUGCGCGGCAUUGGGCUGUGGCCUGUUACGGGUCGAGGAUCUGGCCAUUUCCUAG